AUGAGGGACGAGGUCAUCAUCACACAAAUCAAGGAGUCGCUGGCAAAAGACAGCCGCGAUGUUGCCGAUCUCUGGAACGAUGCCCUCCGCAAGUACAAGGGCAUCACGGGCGUAGACCUCUCACCCAACUUCACAAGUGUCGACGCGAUGAUCGCGUUCGGCACCAACCAGAUGAACAACUUCCACCAAUUCCGCCACAAUCAGAAGAAGGUCGAUAAGCUGCGUGGCCUGUUCAUAGCCAAUUUAGGGUACAUCCAGCAAGGCGCGCAGCAACUUAUCGCUGCUGCCACGCCGGCUUUCCCACCGGCAGCGGCGAUUGGGACAGCGUUGACCUAUAUGCUCAGCGCUUGCAAACAAGUGUCGGCAGACUAUGAUGUGAUCACGGCGUUCUUUGAGGAUAUGAAUGCUUUCCUCCAGCGCAUUACCAUCCUCGAAUCGCGGUUGCCCAAGUAUCCAGCUUACCGCAACUGCCUGAUGGAUGUCUUCACUUCCGUCUUGGAGAUGUGUGGCUUUGCUACUAAGUAUAUUGAGCUGGGUCGUUUUAAGCGUCGACGACAGGAUCCAUCCACGCAGGGGAGUGGUAAAGCUGCUGGCCAGAAUAAGCGUCCAACCUCGAACCGGGUCCGCAGCUUCUUUGGCGACACCAUGAACCCGGCACACGAAUACAAUAGCAUUAAAGACAACUUUAUUGACGAGACAUGUACCUGGAUCUUUGACGAGCCGAUUUGGGAUCCCUGGCUUGUCCAAGGGAAAGGCAAAGCUGCACCGCGGAUUCUCACCAUCGAGGGACCACCUGGUGCCGGGAAAAGUUAUCUUGCGGUGUCCGCUUAUGAUCAACUUAUUAAGUUGGCAGACAGCAACACUUGUGUUACGAAAUUCUACUUCCGCGAGAGUCCUAAGGAUCUCGGCCAAUUUUGCAACGCCAUCAAUUGGGUUGUCAUCCAAAUUGCGGAGCAAAAUGCUGUUUUGUGUGAGAAGAUCAAUAUCGAAAUUGGGCGGGAAGACCUGGAUUUGGAUACGUGGGUUUGGGAGGAUAUCUGGACUGACCUUGUUAAGCCCUUGUUCAGCGGCUCGUCUCAGGCUCGGCUGCAGAUUGUCUGGGACGGCCUAGACGAAUUGCAGGGCGAAGAACGAGAAAAGUUAUUGCAAUUCUUCUCGGAAUUUAAAGAUACGACAGAUCUAAACAUUACUUUCCUAUGCACGACCAGACCCGAUUUAAGCCUACAGUUGAAGAAGAUCGGCUCCGAAUCCAUUGCUGUCACGAAAGAAAAGCAGCUCUCUGAUAUGAAGUUGCUAAUUUGGAGCCACCUGAACAACGACAGCGGGCUCCGCAAGUUUAGCAGAUACGUGAAGCAGAGAAUAUCCAGCACGAUUGAGGAGAAAGCGGACGGGAUGCUCUAUGUCGAGCAUAUACUCCGCCAAUUGAGCAUCCUUGGGCGGGAGCACCUCGUCCUCAAGCAAACUGGACCAGCUUCCAGAAAAUCUAAUGAGCUGCGAGCAAUGAAAAGUCUCCUAUGGUGGCUCGCGUUCUCAUACCAACCUCUUUCGCUCGAUGAAUGCCUCGCUCUACUCGAGCUGACCCCGGGAAACUCCUUUGACCUCGAACGAGAACUCCAGGGGAGACAACUGGCAAGAUUUCUGAAGAUCGGAGACCCUGAGGAACGUGUGGGAGCCGCCUCGCCCCAGCCGUCAAUGCCGUUGACACUGAUCAAGAACAAUCCCGACGCAGCUUACCAUGACGGCGACUUGCCGCUAAAAUUCCAGGAACGGGCCAUGAGAGACUUCUUCCGCCAUGGACAGUCCGGAGAUUCAGGAUUGAGAACAUCGGCGGCAGAAGCGCACCGUGAGAUAUUUGUCAUUUGUUCAAAGAUCCUUUGCGACCCAGCGAUUAACGUCCCUCAUGGGUUACGCAAGUAUGCUGCUGAGAAGUGGGCGGUGCACCUCAGCGAGACCAGGAUGGCCCAAGGUUCAGAAACCGACAGGAUUACAGGCGUAGAAGCUCUGGGGGCUAUUAUGACAAACGAGGCUAAUGCUGCAAUGAGGCUCGAAUCUCUUGGAGUGGAUUAUGAUAAAAUCAACAAGAACUUUCCCAAAUUUCCUUUGCUUAGCCAUGUGGCUAGCUUUGCACAGAUGGCAGAUUCUCUGGACGACAAAGUGACUGCAUCUACGUCGGUCUGGGUGAAGAGUGUGGUAUCAGACGAGAUGGCAGCUUUUGUGCCUCUCGCGAAAGGCCACCUUGAAAACUGGCUCCAGACUGCGGACCUGAAAUCUGCCCUGCGCUCAUACAAAUUUGCCCGAAGCGCCAUCAAAUUGACAGGGCAUCGGAAUCCCAUAGUUCAAGGGGAGGAGGACGAUACGGACUCUUCUAGCGUCGAAGACGAUGAAGGUGAAAUGUCGUGGUACAGAGAGGAGGAAAUUAUUGCCAUCUCCCAGUCUUUCGAAAACAUUGUCAGAGGAAGCAACACACCCUGGGCGGUCGCUUUGCUGCUUGAGCACUCGCGACAUCAUGACGCAGCACUCUCUUACGCACAAGAUGCACUUAGUGAAUGCAAAGAACCCAUCAGACACUUUCAAAUUUUGGACUUGGUGGCUAACAUCUACCUCCGCAAAAAAGACUACAACGCGGCAAAUAAGGCUAUCAACGAUGCUUUGUCUAACAGAGAGGUAUCUCCCAAGCUCCUCCGUAACGGUCUUGUGACACGUGCAAAGACAGAAGUAGCCCUUGGGAAGGUUGAUGACGCCAUGGCAUCGUACGCAGAGGCAAGAUACUCUGACCAAGAACCGAUGCCGGGCGAUAUCCUCCAAGCCGAGUUCAAGUUAUACGUUGACAAACACGCCGACGCCAAGUUGAUCGGGCUGGUCAAAGAGUGGAAGAAAACCGAGAGACUUGACUGGAUGACCUGGAGAUACGAAGAGGAUUAUGAAAGGGACAUUUAUCACCCCCAAUUUCAAAGAGCUGCGGGUAAAGCAGGAGAACAUCAAUUUCUGGUUGAGGCAUACGAGGAAGCCAUCACCCUUCUUGAUCGUCUUAACGCGGCCCCACCGAUCCGGUUUCAACUUGCUCUGGUACACCGGUACAUCCGUGGUGACAUCGAUGCGGCCAAAGCUCUUAUGGAUGAGAAUCUUGACGCCAGUUCGACUGGGGAACCAUACAGGUUUACAAAUGAGGAUCCAGCGAUGACACUGGUCCGUACGGUCAUCCUCAUGACCGAUCUCAUCUAUGAACAAUUUCGCUCCACUGGAGAUCCCGUGAGGAAGAUGCAGCUGUUCGCAGAGAUAAAGGGCCUGACCAACAGAAAUCUGGCACAGUCGAUUUCAACUCUGAAAUCAAGCCUAGUGCAUCACACAAUCACCGUUGCGAAGAUGGCUCGCAAGAUGGGGCCAGCACAGGAUUUCCAGGCUGCGUUGGAGAACGCAUUCAGUGUUUGUUAUGAAUCACUUACGGACGACGUGGAAUGGAAUGACUGGCUCAACCUGACGAAUCUUUCCGCGGUUCUCUCUAAUAUGAGUGGUCUCGAUAGGGAAGCUCGCAUCUUGGUCUCCGCGCAGUUCUCGCGGCUCGCUCUUGCUGUUACUGGCGGCCAAGAAGAGAGUGAAAAGGACUACAAUGGCACGGACGAAGAGUCUGAAGAGGAUGACGAUAACAGUAAUGACGUGGACUCGCUGUCAGAAGAGGAUGGUGAUAUCAACGACUGGGACCCGCUACCAGACGACGAGGGAGACCUCGUCGAGGUUUUGUGUUUGUGCAGCGGCGAAUGCGAUCCUAUUGUCUCAUGGCGCGCUUGGAAGGGCAGGCCGAUGUACCGAUGCGGCAAUACCAUUCUCUGCGAGCCUUGCUACCAGAAGCGACAAGCGUACAACAAAGGUGCUCACUGUGAAAUUGGUCGCACGUAUUGUGGUCGCGAUCACCAGUAUAUCAAGGGUCCGAUUGAGGGGUGGAAGGGAAUCAAGAAUGGGGUUAUGAAGAUAGAUAACCAGGAGCCAGUGAAGUUUAAGGAUUGGUUAGAGGACUUGAAGAAUAAUAAAUGGAAAGAAGCUUGGGAAAGAUUUUGGAUGGUCGAGGGUUGA